AUGGAUGUCAUAAAGAGGGCGACUGAAAUUCUCAAUCCUGGACAGGUACCAAUCAUUACUGUUGACCAACCGCUGUACGCGAUUGCAAAGCAAAUCCAGUGGAACUGGAAAGCAAGCCAUAGAGAAAGUCAGUUCAUUGUGAUGUUUGGUGGUCUCCACAUCGAAAUGGCUGCGCUCAAAGCACUGGGUACACUGCUCAACGGAAGUGGCUGGACUGCCGCAUUGGGAGAGGCGAAAGUCGCGUCACCGGGGACAGCUGAGUCGUUUCUACGUGCCUCUCAUGUUACACGUAAAAAAGCUUAUUUGGCGUAUUCAAGCAACCUAGAAGAGAAUGUUCCUCACAUGUCUUUUAACGACUUGGUGUUCUAG